AUGGCGAAAACGAACUCGUCUAGAAGAUCCGAUCUCUCAUCGUCAUCAUCAUCGUUUGAUUCUUCAAUGAGUUCAAGCUUUUCUUCAUCUAAAUCUAGCGGUUACUUGAAUCGGUCCAGUUCUACAACGCGUGUAAAUCUAAACAGAUUCGCUCCUCUAUCGCUGUCAAUUCGAAUUAAGAUCGAUAGAUCCAGUUCAUCUGGACGUCCGAUCACCCUCUCGUCACGAGAUCAUAUUGUUCGGAAGCAGAAUAACAAUCAUCCGCUGAUGAAUAUGCCGAAGAGGACAUUGAAUGCUCGUAGAUCUGCUAUGGCGAAUUCUUUGAUUCGAAUUGGUACUGUUGAAGGUGAUUUGGUUAAGCGAACGUUAUCGCAGCUUAUUAGACCUUCUUCUCAUUCUCUACGACGGAGAAAUGAUUUCCGUCCUAAACUGAGUAGGUUAUUUGUAAUGUUAAUGGCUGAUGAAUCUCUUUGA